UGCCAGCAACAUGAUCAGCUGGAAGCAGGCGAAUAACGAAAGAAAACAAAAUCAACGGUAGCAACUGCCAAUUGAAAAUAAAAUCGCGGGCUUUUGUGCAUAAUUUCGUAAAUAUAAAAAUUACUCAGAACUAUGUUUAAAACAACUUGCUUUGACAUAUGGCGCCAAGAAAAGGAAAUGCCACACAUUGUCACACUUUGCAAGGAAUUGGAUGACAAGCUGGGAGGUGGCAUUGCUACGGGUUUAAUUACAGAAUUUUGCGGGGGGCCAGGCUGUGGCAAAACGCAAAUGUGCUUACAGCUUUGUAUCAAUGUGCAAUUCCCACGAAUAGUUGGUGGACUUCAAAGCAAAGCUGUUUAUCUGGAUACUAACCAGGACUUUAGUCCGGCGCGCUUGCUUGAAAUGGCGAUAUGCACUGAGAAGCGUUUUCAUAGAACUUUGCCCAAGUCGGAUUUACAAACGUCAACGCAGACCCCCUUCACCGCUAAUACUAUAAUGAAUGGUGUUACAUAUAUUUAUUGUAAAAGCUAUUUAACGCUACAGGCUGCAGUAGGGGAAUUGCGCAAAAUGCUUAAUGAGGAUAAAGCGAUCAAACUCAUCGUAAUUGAUUCGUUCUCGUUCCCAUUGCGUGUAAUUGAAGAUGUUGCAGAACGCACAGGCAUACUUUAUAGCUUAUUAACGGAAUUGCAACAGUUAGUAGUGGAGUAUCAACUGGUGGUUGUUAUAACAAACGAACUGACCACGCGCGUUAACGGCAAUGACUGGAAAAUAUGUCCUGCGCUAGGUGACAGCCAUGCGCACAAAAUUAAUCAGCGCAUUAUUCUCAGUAAAUGCAAUGAACAAAAGCAUUUCGUUGCACUGGUGGAAAAGUCGAACAUAAUACCACAAGUAGCAGUACCGUUUGUGAUCAAACAAAAUGGCAUACGUGAUGUAUCCUAAGUAAUGAACCUGCGAGUACAUUCCAAAACGCUUAAAAGUCAGAUUUCAAAUGCUGCUCGAUUUGCAUGCGAUACAUUAACAAAGUGAUUUAGAAAUUAGCGGAAGUAACGUGAAAAUCGGAGAAUUUGGCAACAGUUAAAAGCGGGAAUUAUAUUUAUUUAUAAAUUUUCUUAUCAGUAGCCUUUAAAUUCAUAGAGUACUUAGAAUACCGGCGCGCAUUUGAUAUAUAUGUAUUCGUGGAUAUGGUAUGUAUGUAGACCAAUGUAUACUCAAAAUGCAGCCCAAUUUAUUAACCAAUUUUUACUAUACUUUAUUUUUUGUUUUUUGAAAUUACAAUAUUUUUGUAUUAACGAAUAGCUCAAAAAACUAAGGGAAUCCUAUUUUAAAGUUUUCUACAAAAAUUAGAAAAAUUUCCGAAGC